AGCUCAUGACGUCAGCAGCAGUCAGCGGUAGGUAGCUGGGCAGCGCCAGUGGUGUCGAAAGGAGCGAGCGACGAUGGUCCUCAUCAAGGAGUACCGUGUUGUUUUACCCUGUAGUGUUGAGGAGUAUCAAGUUGGACAGCUGUUCUCUGUGGCUGAAGCCAGUAAAAAUGAGACAGGUGGUGGUGAGGGCAUUGAGGUACUCAAGAAUGAGCCCUACGAAAAAGAUGGAGAGAAAGGACAGUAUACACACAAAAUCUACCACUUAAAGAGUAAAGUUCCUGGGUUUGUCAAGCUGUUAGCCCCCGAAGGCUCCCUGAUAUUCCAUGAAAAAGCCUGGAAUGCCUACCCCUACUGCAGAACUAUUGUGACGAACGAGUAUAUGAAAGACAAUUUCUUCAUUAAGAUUGAGACAUGGCACAAACCAGACCUUGGAACACAAGAAAAUGUGCACAAACUAGAGAAUUCCACAUGGCAGAAUGUAAGUGUUGUGCCCAUCGACAUCGCAGACAGAAGUCAAGUGUCCCCUGCUGACUACAAGCCAGAUGAGGAUCCCACCAAGUUCAAGUCAUCUAAGACCGGCAGAGGACCUCUUGGGCCCACCUGGAAGAAAGAGCUGGUUAGUAAGACUGACUGCCCAAGGAUGUGUGCCUACAAACUGGUCACAGUCAAGUUCAAGUGGUGGGGCCUGCAGACCAAAGUGGAGAACUUCAUCCAUGAGCAAGAGAAGAGGAUCUUCACUAAUUUUCACCGCCAACUUUUCUGUUGGAUUGAUAAGUGGGUGGAGCUGACUAUGGAUGAUAUCAGGCAGAUGGAGGCAGAGACACAACGGGAGCUGGAUGAGAUGCGUAAGAAAGGCUCUGUGCGAGGUACAAAGGCUGCAGACGAGUAGCCAGGCCAGGUGUAGGUCUGAGUUUUGUCUUCGCAAACGGGGAGAAGUACGAGGAACCAGUGCCGCAGACGAAUGAAAAGGCAAAGGAUUUUAAACCCCCCCGAUAAAAGCAGCGAUGAUCCUUUGGUGCCAGUUUCUACUUUAACUGAUUCAGGUUGUGGAGGAGGAGGCACUGCUACCUGCAAUCACUAGAGCAGAUCCCUGACUUGCACCCAAUCAUAGACAUUCUAUCCACUGAGGAAUUGAUUUCUUGAAACCAACACGAUCCUAGCUGAUAAGACUGGUUAAUUUUGAUCUCCUGGGCAUAGAAAGACCAGGUAUCAGCAUCAUGUUAUUGACGAGACCUAGCCUUCUGGAGAGAGAUGAAGAGGAGCUACUUGCAGUAGAGAGAUUUUGUGUUACUAAAGCAAAUUCAUUGAUUUGAUUCAACAGUAGCAGGUGUUGGACCAAAUAUUCCUUUUGUAUUAUUUUUCGUUUACUUUUUUUUUUUGUAAAUGUUACCCUCCAAAACAUUCCUCUCAAUAUGAUGCCCUGUCUGACCUCUCUUUGUCUCCCUCUUGGUUUUAACUGUACACACUGUGGCUCAGCGGUUUGCAUUCCCUGGCAUGAGUCUGUUUGUCAUACUCAUGUUACUUCCUGCCACAACCUCCUUUUAAGAGAUUACUAACACCCUUGGCGCCUUGGCCUAUUGUAAUCCUUCCCCCAUCAGUCCACCUUACCCAAAGCCCUGCAUCUUAUUAGCACUGACAAUCAUGCCCUUACAGGAAUUCACUCUCAUUCCCGUAUAGAUUUAAUAGAAACCCACACAAACGCAUGCAUAUGACACACAUACAUUGCGCGCAUGAGGAUAAACGUGUAUUCGUUCUCACAUGUACACAUGCUCGCAGGUGUGGAUGCCUUUGCGGUGACUGAUCUCUUAAAAGCUCAAGCUGGGCAGAUCCAUGCAAGCUUGUUCAGCUAAAGGAUGUUACUAUGGAAGUGUUUACACCUCAAGAGAUUUUUUUUUUUUUUCCCCUCCUUCUCCCCACACACUCCCUAUUCUGAAGACAUUCACACAUUACAUCCAACACAGCAUUCACCUCCUUAACAGACGUCCCCAGAGAAAAACUGCACUGAAAAACAGCCACAGAUGGUGCUACACUCCUCCGGCCUCUGUCACAAACCAAACCGCACCACACCGCACUGCACUGCUCGUCCCAGCUCACCAGGGCGAUCCCAGAGGCCUGUCUCACUCAUCUGGUUCUCCGAAGUAGACCGUCUCCAAAAGGCCUCUUCUUCUGCUUCAUUCUAGGUGUGUUUACAGAUUCAUAACUGCCUUAUCAGUGCCCAGUCGACACCAGCACAGCACUGCUUGCCUUAAUCUCCGGACCUUUUAUAUCUGAUGGACCUAUUAUACCUAUUGUACCUCUGCUGCCAGCUAUUGCUCUAGCUACCUCCCUUUCUUCUGACUGGCAGUUUUCCUUACACCUAAAUGUUAGCACUACCUAUUAGCUGCUACUUAUUAGGAGUAAAUCAUGGCAGACAGAGCUUUAUGAGCAAAGCUGUUUUGUGAUGACUUUGUUUUCUUCAGGGUGUAGAAUUGCAUGUGAUUUCCUUUUUUUUUUUUUUUUUCUCCUGGUAUGUGUCACAGCGCCUGAGCAAGUGCAAUUCCUUCGGCAAGUAAAACUCUGUACGUUGCGACCGUAACAGCCAGUGUGCACUGUUGUUGUUGCAAAGGGCUGCAAAUUGACAUGUCUGCCUCAGACCAGCCAUGUGAUGGAUAUACCAUUUUAUGACACUUGACUUUUGAGCUCCAUAGUGCACUUUCUCCCCUUAGGCUUCAGAAUCAUUUGGCAGUGGCCUACAGUGUUGAUCAUCACUAGUGUACAUACUUAUACAGUAGACGUGGUUUCCUCAUCUGAUUACUACUGGUGUUCUUUGAGUGUGUUUGUGUCCUUUUGGUGUGUCAAUGUCUUAAAUUGUGCAGGAAUUGUAGAUUUGUUUUUAGAGAUCUAUUUUCCACAUUUUUAAGACACUGAUAUAAUGAAAUUCUAAUGCUUUUAUUUUCUGUCAAUCUAAUGAGGGAAUGUGAUUACUUCCUCAGUAAUGGGUUAUUGUAUAGCUUGUCCAAAGAGCAUAAAUGGAUAUGUUUACAUGUAUUCAGCAAUUGUAGGCUGUUUUACCAUAGGAAAAUUUGGAAGCAAAUGUCUGAGGCAACGUUUUUCAAAACAACACAAUCAUCUCAGGUGAACAAUACGACAAGAGGAUCUUUUUGGUAUUGCUGCUCAUCAGUUGCGCCGAAACCAUUAACUUCCUUUCACUAUACCAUAUCCUUUUCUGUGGGAAAUAUGGUGUAACACUUUGAAUAUGAUGGGAGGAGGUUGUGAUGCAGUCUGUUCCAUUUUAUUGCAGUAUAUGAGACAGCCACUUGGUCUUUGUGACUGCGCUGGGAUUGUAUGCGUGUCUCAAAGAGCGAAAAGUUGUCUUUUAAGUAAUCAAUGUUUCCAAGUCUAUCUUAACGAUUCCUGCUGUUUGUUGAAUGGAGAACCCAGUGGCUAAAGAGAAGAACUUAGAUCAGUGUUUUGUCAUCUCUCAAGACAAUGACAUAGGGGAGAGGAAGUAUUCACAAAGCAACUGUACAGUCUUAUCCUAAUUUAUGAAAUCUACAACUGUUGAAUUUCGAAAUGGCUUGCUUUUAAAUGUUUUUGAUCAGCUUUUGAAAUUCAGGGGACACGGUAGUGAAUGUAUGAUAUUUUGUGCCUUUUUUUUUUCUGUAGAUCUUUGUGCCAUGAAGUCUUCAUAUUGUAUCUAAAUAUCGAAUAAAUUCUGUCUGGAAAAUAAUCUUCA